GGGACACACACGACUCACACGCACACCGCACGCGCUACAGCAGCACAGAGCCUCAGCAGCUCCAGCAUCAGCCUCAACCGCGGCUCUAAGAAGCACCGCGCCGGGCUCCCUGUCCCAUUCUCACACACGCACACACGCGCGCGCGCGCGCACACACACACACACACAGAUAACACAACAGUGGAGCUACGCUGGCGCGCAGCCUCUGCAAGGAGAUCCCUUUCCUCUCCGUGCGAAUCGUUUCGUCUUCCUCUGUCGGCAUCUGAGAGCGAGCAGCAUCAGCAUCAUCAGCAUCAGCACCGCCGCCUCGAAGCCAGACCAUCCACACACACAUUUCCACACACACGCGUGCGCGGAUAGAGGAGCCUCACGUUUGGAGAGCAGGAGCACCGCAAAGUCCUGAUUUUGGAUGAUUUGUCAGCCUACAGCUUUUGCAGGGAGAACCGGACUAAAGGAAUGGCUUUGCGUCGGAAAGACUCUGUGCUCUGCGUUGCGGGUUUGCUGAGACACUAAAGUAGAGCCCCUACAAGCCAUGGAGGAGAUGGACAGUAAACCUUACCAACCAUUGUCUAAGGGGCGCCAUGAGAUGGAGAUGUCCUACACCAGCUCGUCGGACGAGAGCGAGGACGGCCGCGCUCAUCACCGCUCCUACACCUCACGAGAAACCCUCCCCGACUACACGCACGAGCUUCGGCUCACACUCGGCUCGCACCGGGAACGACAGAGCAACUACAGCCAACCCCAGCCAGAUUUAGACUUCUGUAAAACGGGGCAAUUAAGGAGCCCAGACUUCCACAUCCAUCAGCAGCAACAGCAGCAGCAGCAAGAGCAGGAGGAAGAGGCGCUGUGCACCGGACCGGCUGCCCACGUCCACAGUCACGGCUACUCCCUAGGUGUCGGUUCUGAUGUGGACACUGAGCCGGAGGUGGACCCCUCUCCCACUCACGGCCUGCAGCACAUGUGGAUGCGUGGCCUGAAGUCCGAGCAGAGCUCGUGUCUCACAAGCCGUGCCAACUCGGCCCUCUCCCUGACCGACACCGAACAUGACAGGAAGUCCGAGCCCGAUAACGAGCUGCCCAGCAGUCCAGGUGGACAGUUCACGUUUCGUCCACUGCCCCCGCCUCCGCCCCCACCCCAUGCUUGCACUUGCGCCCGCCCGGCACCCUACGCUCAGGUCAGCCUGCAGAGGAAGACUAUGCCAACGCGGUGCCACACCAGUCAGGGCGGCCAGGAGGCAGAGAACAGCUCGAACACGGACCAGGCCCAGCUUCACAACAGCUGGGUGCUGAACAGCAACAUCCCUCUAGAGACCAGACACUUCCUGUUCAAACAGGGUUCUGGUUCUUCAGCGCUGCUGUCAGGGGCAGGGCAGGGGUACCCGCUGACUUCUGGGACGGUCUACUCCCCACCACCGCGACCCCUCCCUCGCAGCAGCGUGACCAGGCCACUGUUUACCUUCAACAAGCCCCACCGCUGCUGUAACUGGAAGUGCACGGCCCUGUCCGCAUCCCUGCUCACUCUCACGCUGGCCCUGCUGCUCACAUACGUCAUUGCUGUCCACCUGUUAGGUCUCACCUGGCAUCUGCGGCACGGAGAGAGCCAGCUGUACGAGAACGGACUGAGCUCAGCGGACCAUCAACAGGAGGACCACAGCAAAAUCCGACCUACCGGCUCCAUCCACCUGCUGGACACACUCAACCCUGACAACACCUUUGCUGGUGACAGAGAGAAGUGGGUGCGAGGCCGCGCCAUCGACCGAGGCGAGAUCGACGUCAGCACACAGCAGAGCCAGGCCAUCCCGCCGGGACUUUUCUGGAGGUUUCAUAUGACUGUGCUCCAUCCGACCUACAUCAAGUUCAAUCUCUCACUUUCACACAACGCUCUGCUGGGGGUCUACGGACGCAGGAACAUCCCGCCUACGCACACUCAGUUUGACUUUGUGAAGCUGCUGGACGGGAAGGCCCUGCCCAGGUCCUUGACGGACCCGGUCUCAAACACCAAAUCCCCCAAAGGCCUCCUGCUGAGCGGCCUGCAAGAAACCGGCUUCAUCGAGUACAUGGACCCCGGCACGUGGCACCUGGCGCUCUACAACGAUGGACGCAACCUGGAGCAGGUGCUGAUCCACAGCACUACCAUAGACUCGAUGGAUGGCUGCUCCACUGACUGUAACGGAAACGGAGAGUGCGUUGCUGGACACUGCCACUGCUUUGCUGGGUUCCUGGGUCCUGAUUGUGCCAAAGAUUCGUGCCCGGUGCUGUGCAGCGGGAACGGUGUGUAUGAGAAAGGGAGGUGUGUGUGCCUGGCAGGGUGGAAGGGGACAGAGUGUAACGUGGAAGAAGGGCAGUGCAUUGAUCCCACCUGUUCCAACCACGGCACCUGCAUACAGGGCAUCUGCAUCUGUGGCCCGGGCUACAAGGGGGUCAACUGUGAACAAGUGGACUGUGUGGACCCCCAGUGCAGCGGGCAUGGCGUGUGCGUGCGCGGGGAGUGCGUGUGCUCGGCAGGGUGGGCCGGCGUGAGCUGUGACGACCCUCUGCCAGCCUGUCAGGAGCAGUGCUCAGGACAUGGCACCUAUCUCCCAGAGUCAGACUCUUGUGUCUGCCAACCCAACUGGACGGGACCGGACUGCUACACGGAGCUGUGCCCGGUGCCAUGUGGCAGCCAUGGCGUUUGCUCAGAGGGCCAGUGCCAGUGUGAGGAGGGUUGGAUCGGCGCCGCGUGCGACCAGAGAGCGUGCCAUCCUCGUUGUGAAGAGCAUGGCCAGUGUCACGACGGGACCUGCAUCUGCCAGCCCGGCUGGGAGGGGGAACACUGUAACAUCGUUACUCAUGAUCUGGACGUUGUGGUGAAAGACGGCUGCCCGGGGUUGUGCAGCGGGCACGGGCGCUGUACCCUGGAGCAGAGUGGCUGGCGCUGCAUCUGCCAAGCUGGAUGGAGUGGGCCUGGAUGCAGCGUUGUCAUGGAAACUGACUGCAGUGAUGGAACUGACAAUGAUGGAGACGGACUGGUGGACUGUGUCGAUCCAGACUGCUGUGAGCAGCUAAGCUGUGGUUCCGACCCGCUGUGCCACGGCUCGGCCGACCCACUGGCCCUGUUGCAGCAGGGGCCCCAGUCCCCCACCGCGCCGCCUGCAUCCAGCAGCACACACACCCACAACUUCUACCGCCGCAUUCGCUUUCUCCUUGGCAAGGCCGCCACACACACUUUCCCUGGAGACGUGCCCUUUGAUACCAGUCGGGUGGCUGUGAUUCGAGGUAGCGUCGUGCUGCAGGAUGGCUCUCCUCUGGUUGGAGUCAACAUCACCUUCCCGCAGCAUCCUGAGUACGGAAACACAAUCAGCCGGCAGGACGGAAGUUUUGACUUGGUGACCUUUGGUGCAAUGUCCGUGACCCUCAUGUUCCAGCGUCUUCCCUUCCUCUCACAAACGCGCACCAUAUGGACGCCAAAUAACAACUUCGUGGUUCUGGAUCAGGUGACCAUGUCCAGAGAGGAAACCCAGUCUCCUAAAUGUGACGUCAAGAGCGUUCUGAGUCCCUAUCCGUUGGUCCUGCCGUACCCUCUGCCUAGAUACACCGGAACGUGUGCAGACAAGGGACCAGCGGUUCCGGAGCUUCAGGCGGUUCAGGAAGAAGUUCCAAUCCCAGGAGCCUUUGUAACGCUGAACUACCUGAGCACCCGCGCCGCAGGCUACUCCUCUCUGCUCCGAAUCCUCCUCACGCCUCCCUCCUCGUCCUCCCCCGUUUCCCCGCUGGGUGGGCUGUCCAAGGUGCACGUGCGGGCAUCUGUCCAAGGGAGGCUGUACCAGCGCUGGUAUCCUGCUGGGCCCGGUCUGGUCCACAAGCUGGUCUGGAACAAAACUGAUGUUUAUGGCCAGGAGGUCUGGGGCCUCACUCAUGCAACCGUGUCUGUGGGUUAUGAGUAUGAGUCGUGUCCUGGUGCCAUCCAAUGGGAAAGGAGGACAGCUCUGAUGCAGGGAUUUGAACUGGUGCCCUCCAGCCUGGGAGGAUGGUCUCUGGACAAACACCAUGCCCUCAACAUACGCAGCGGAAUCCUUCACAAAGGAAAUGGAGAAAACAUCUUCCUGUCCCAGCAGCCUGCUGUCAUCAGCACUGUUAUGGGGAAUGGUUUCUACCGCAGUGUCCCCUGCGGUCCAAGCUGCAGCGGCGCAGCCAGAGACAUGAUGCUGUUUGCCCCUGUAGCACUGGCCAGCGGCCCCGAUGGAUCUCUCUACGUUGGAGAUUUUAACUUCGUCCGCAGGUCCCACCCCGAUGGAUACACCAGGACCAUCCUGGAGCUCAAGAACCGGGACACCAGACACAGCACCAGCCCAGCCCAUAAGUACUAUCUGGCCAUGGAUCCAGUGGGUGAGGUCCUCUACGUGUCCGACACUAGCAGUCGAAGAGUUUACCGUGUCAGGAAUCUCGUCCAGCCAAAGGAUCCGGCGCGCAACCUCGAGGUGGUGGCCGGGACAGGGGAGCAGUGUUUACCCUUUGACCAGAGCCACUGUGGAGAGGGCAGGAAGGCCACUGAAGCUGCACUCAGCAACCCUCGAGGUAUUGCAGUGGAUAAGAGAGGUGUUGUCUACUUUGUUGAUGGCACCACCAUUCAGAAGAUUAAUGAGAGAGGUUUGCUCUCCACUGUGAUUGGCUCAAACGGACUGAUGUCGACGCAGCCGCUAAGCUGCGAUGCGCGAAUGGAUAUCAGCCAGGUACGGCUGGAGUGGCCAACAGACCUCGCAAUUAACCCACUGGACAACUCGCUCUUCAUCCUGGACAACAACAUCGUCUUACAGGUGUCAGAAAGUCUCCAGGUGCGCAUAGUGGCAGGGCGUCCCAUCCACUGCCAGGUCCCGGGUAUCGACCACCACCUGGUGAGCCGAGCAGCCGUGCGCGCUACCCUGGAGGCUGCCAAGGCCAUCGCCCUGUCUCACCUGGGAACGCUGUUCAUCGCCGAGACGGACGAGAGGCGAAUCAACCGCAUCCAGCAGGUGUCGACCAAUGGGGAGAUAUCGAUCAUCUCCGGAGCCCCAACGGACUGCGACUGUAAGAUAGACCCCAACUGUGACUGUUUCUCUGGAGACGGAGGCUAUGCUCGCGACGCUCGUCUCAAAGCCCCCUCCGCGCUGGCCGUGGCCCCCAACGGCACCCUGUACAUAGCUGAUCUGGGCAACAUUAGGAUCAGAGCCGUCAGUCCCAACCAGCCUCAGCCUAGCCAAGCCGGGCUGGUGGAGAUCAGCUCGCCGCAGGACCAGGAGCUCUAUCUCUUCAGCCAGAAUGGCUCCCACAUGAGCACCAAGCACCUCAUCACCGGUCACUACCUGUAUAACUUCUCCUACGGAGUGGACGGCCAGCUCUCCGGGGUCACGUGUCGCGACGGCCGCGGCCUCCAGGUGAGGAGGGACGCUCACGGCGUGCCCCUCUGGCUAGCGCUACCUGGAGGACAGGUGUACUGGCUGUCCCUGAGCAACAGCGGCAUGCUGAGGAAGGUGUCAGCUCAAGGCCAUGACAUUGGCCACAUCACUUACCACGGCAACACUGGUCUCCUAGCGACCAAAAGUGACGAGAACAGCUGGACCACUGUUUAUGAGUAUAACAGCGAGGGCAGAGUCACCAACAUCACCUUACCCACGGGUGAGGUGAGCGGUUUCCAAGGCAACCUUGAGCGGUGGUCUCGCGUUGAGGUAGAGGCGUCCAACCGUGAAAACUUUGUCACCAGCACCAACUUGUCUGCAAGCGACACCAUCUACACAUUCAAGCAAGAACACGCACAGAACUCGUACAGAGUCAGCUCUGAUGGAUCCUUCCUCGUGACGCUGGCGAGUGGGAUGGAGCUGCUGCUGAGCACUGAGCCCCUCCUCCCGGGAGGUGCCGGGGGCGGAGUCAGCCCGACGGCGAGCCGCUGUAACAUCAGCCUGCCAGGAGACCACGGCCCCAGCCUGAUCGAGUGGAGGCAGAGGAAGGAGCAGAGCAAGACCAACUACAGCACCUACGAACGCAGGCUCAGGGCACACAACAGGAACCUUCUCUCCAUAGACUUCGAUCAGAACACCCGAGUGGGGAAGAUCUACGACGACCACAGGAAGUUCACCCUCCACAUCCAGUACGACUCGCUGGGCCGGCCGGUGGUUUGGUCCCCCAGCAGCAAAUACACCGAAGUGAACAUCAGCUACUCCGCUGGGGGGCUUCUGUCGGCCAUCCACCGAGGAGACUGGUCCGAGCAGCUGGAGUAUGAAAACGACAGGGUGGUGUCCAGAGCCUGGGUCAAUGGCAAGAUCUGGAGCUACACCUACGCCGACCGAUCCAUCAUCCUGCUCCUGCACAGCCAGCGGCACUACGUCUUCGACUACGACCAAACCGACCGGCUGGUCGCCGUGACGAUGCCCAGCAUGGUGAAGCACACCCUGCAGUCGCUGCUGUCGAUCGGCUACUACAGGAACAUCUACACCCCUCCGGACAGCCAGGCCCUGUUUGUGCAGGACUACACGCUGGACGGGCGGCUCACCCGGACCCAGUACUUGGGGACAGGGCGCAGCGUCAUCUACAGGUACACACCGGCAGCGAAGCUCUCGGAGGUGGUUUACGACUCCACCCUUGUGACCUUCACUUACGACGAAGCCUCUGGCACUGUCAAGACCAUUCAUCUCACCCAUAACGGCUUCAUAAGCUCCAUACGCUACAGACAGACAGGCCCCCUGACAAGCCGGCAGAUCUUCCGCUUCAGCGAAGAAGGCUUGGUCAACGCCAGGUUUGACUACAGCUACAACAGCUUCAGAGUCACCAGCAUGCAGGCCGUCAUCAACGAAACCCCUCUGCCCAUCGAUCUGUACCGUUACGUUGAUGUGUCUGGUCGGGUCGAGCAGUUUGGCAAGUUCAGUGUCAUCUUCUAUGACCUCAACCAGGUGAUUACCACCCAUCUGAUGAAGCAUACUAAGGUAUUCAACUCCUACGGUCAGGUGGUAGAGGUCCAAUAUGAGAUCCUGAAAUCCAUCGCGUACUGGAUGACCAUUCAGUAUGACUCGGCAGGGCGAACAACCACCUGUGAUAUUAGGGUCGGUGUGGACAGCAACGUGACACGCCACACUUAUGAGUAUGAUGCAGACAGCCAACUGCAGAGUGCCUCAGUCAACGAGCGUCCUCAGUGGCGCUACAGUUAUGACCUAAAUGGUAACAUCAACCUGCUCAGCCUCGGGACCAGCACCAGGUUGACACCUUUGCGCUAUGACCAGCGAGAUCGCAUCACACACCUCGGCGAGCUUCAAUACAACGUGGAUGACGAUGGCUUUCUCCGUCAGCGAGCAAAUGACUUGUUUGAUUACAACUCUAAUGGCUUGUUGACCCGCGUCUUCGACCGAGUGAUGGAGCGCUCGGUUUGGUACCGCUACGAUGGGCUGGGUAGACGCGUCGCCACCAAGAACAGCCAGGGCGAACAGCUGCAGUUCUUCUACGCUGAUCUAUCAAACCCCACCAGGGUCAGUCACUUGUACAACCACAGCAGCAAUCUGAUCACGUCGCUGUACUACGACCUUCAGGGCCAUCUCAUUGCCAUGGAACUGAGCAGCGGGGAGGAGUAUUAUGUCGCCUGUGACAGCGUGGGAAGCCCGAGGGCGGUGUUCUCUAGCAAGGGUCGAUUAAUCAAAGAGAUCCUCUACAGCCCGUACGGAGAGGUGUAUCAGGACACAAAUCCUGAUUUCCAGCUUGUCAUCGGCUUCCAUGGAGGCUUAUACGAUCCCUUCACACAACUCGUCCACCUCGGCAGGCGGGAUUACGACACACUCGCCGGCCGAUGGACUUCGCCAAACCAUGAGUUGUGGGGAGAGCUGAGCAAAGAACCGAAGCCGUUCAACCUGUAUGCUUUCAAGAAUAACUGCCCGGUUGGUAGAGUGGAAGAGGUGACACAGUUCACCACAGACAUCGGGAGCUGGCUGCAGCUGUUUGGCUUCCAGCUUCAUAAUGUUGUCCCUGGUUUCCCAAAGCCGGACGUGGGCAGGAUGGAGCAAACAUACGAGCUGAUGAAGACCCAGACAAAGACACAGAACUGGGACUCCAGCAAGAUGGUUCUGGGGAUCCAGUGUGAACUGCGGAGGCAGCUGAGGAGCUUCAUCUCUCUGGAGCGCUUACCUCUGGUCUCGGAGCCCGUGGGCUCGGCGUGCCACCGGCCCUCACGUCCUCCUCCCUUCGGCUCCAGACCCUCCAUCCUCGGCCCCAGCAUCCGAUUUGCUGUCUCUCACGGUCGAGUGAGCGCGGAGGUCAUCGGAGUCGCCAGCGAGGACAGCCGCCGAGUGGCAGCCAUUUUGAACGGUGCCGUCCACCUGAGCGGGCUGAGCUUCACCAUGCACGGCUGCGACACGCACCACUUCCUCCAGUCCCGUCCUAUAGAGGAAGACCUCGCCCUGGGGUUGGGAGUCGGGGGACGUGUCCUGGAGAGCGGGGUGAACGUGAGCGUGUCACAGAUGAGCGCCACGCUCAACGGCAGGACUCGACGCUUCGCCGACAUCACUCUCCAGCAGGGGGCGCUGUGCCUGUGCGUGCGCUACGGCGGUACAGAGGAGGAGGAGAGGGCGCGGGUGAUGGAGGAGGCGAGGAAGAGGGCGGUGGAUGAAGCCUGGGAGAAGGAGAGGAAGAGGUUGGAUUUGGGGGAUGCUGGGAGCCGGGCGUGGAGCGAGGCGGAGAAGCAGCAGCUGCUGAGCGAAGGACGCGUUCAGGGUUACGACGGCUACUACUCCCUGCCCGUAGAGCAGCAACCGGAGCUGUCCGACUGCCCCGCCAACAUCCACUUUAUGACACUAAGCGAGGUGGGGGGCAGGUAACAGAGACACAGAGACAGCCCCCCCACCAUCCCACCAAAGACGGCCUGUUUCUACUCUACUCUGAUUUGUUCUACUGUUUCUAUACUUUACUGAAAAAAAGAAGAUGGAGAACAGAAAUAGAAUCUGGGGGGUAAAAAAAAACUUCCAAAUGCCUUUAAUUGUGACAAAAUGAUGGUAUUUUAUUAUUAUCGUCCAUUUCCUCCGAUUUCUAAACCGUGGCACAAGCAGUGUGGUUUGGCUGUGGCUUCGCUUUUUCUAUCCCGUCUGGCGGACUGACCAACUGACAAUCGCCGUGUCGACACUCCUCGUCACUUUGGGACCCUGUUCACCAACGAUCGCCGAGCUGGAGAUGAAGGCAGUGAAUAAUCCUCUCCGUCACAAGCUCUCCGGUUGCCAUUUGAGUUCCCAUCUGGUUUACCUCGGAUAUACUAUCGUUUACAUGUUGUGAAAGAGAGGCCUUGAUGACUCUGACACUCCCCUUUAGAGAAGAAACCUGCUGUGGUUUCCGCCUCUGGUGUGCUUCAACUGUAGUUUGUAUGAGUGUGUGUUCUGAAAUCAAGAAUGUACAUAGCCAGUGCUUUCACAGCGAGGAAAACAAGUGCUCAACUGGACGCUCUGUUGUUCAUAAGUGUCAGUAUUGUUAAUCAAUAGAAGAGCAGUUACAUUUUGCAAAGAUUAUACAUGGCUAUAGUAAUUAUUCUCGCUAAAGAAGCUCACUUUAUUGGGUUACAAAGCUGAUUAAAGUUAUUCUGUGUGAAUUA